AUGACAAUAUUUCUUUCUGAUUUUCUCCUAUUAAUUCUGACAUUUAAGUUUAUUAAUGGUCAAUUUUGUUAUACAAAUCAAUGCUCUGUCCAUGCAACGUUAACUGGUGAUGUACAAAAUUGGGCUCUCUUGAUUCAGAAUUACAUUCUGAAAUUGGCAUCAGAUACUAUGCAUCGUGAAAAAACUCAAGAAUAUUUCGAUCUAGCUGAAUACAAGGAAGAAACGAAACAUGGAGAUAAAUUAUUGGACGAAAUGAAAGCGACGUUAGAGAGAUAUUUCGAAUACAAGCAACACGCUGCUAAUCGAAUUGCCAAACAUGCGCGAGAAUUACAUGAUUCCAUGUAUUUAGCACGUGAAAAAGUUUAUUUACAAUAUUUAGCAAAUAACUCAACUGGUCAAUCGUCAUGGCGCAAAUCGAACGGAUCGCUUGGGUUAACUCAGCAUAAACAACUACUUCAUUUAGACGCUGAUGCGUAUAAGGAUGCUGAUAUACCGUUACGUUUACCAUCGAAUAUGACAUUUCAUCCACAUUUUAAACGAAACGUUAGCCUUAAACAUAGUGUUGUGAAAAUUAGUGAUGAAAUACCGCGAAAUAAUGUCGAAUCUAUUUGGACAGUCGAAUGGACACACGGACUCGAAUCUACAUUUGUUCAAAACCGAGAAGAAGAUCCUGGGAUACGUUGGCAAUACUUCGGCUCCAAAGUUGGUCUCAUACGAUUGUAUCCCGGUCGUGAAUGGGAUCAGAACUUUGCGGGAUUUUACAAUGAUUAUGAUCCUCGUGUUCGCCCGUGGUAUAUCGGUACGACAAGCGGACCGAAAGAUGUGAUUAUUAUAAUUGAUUGCAGUGAAUCCAUGGCAUCGAAUGGUAAAUUUGCUAUUGCACGAUCAGUCGCUACAGUUAUUAUCAAUACGUUAACGCGACAAGAUUAUGUAAAUGUCAUAUGUGCACACGAAUCUCAUUGGAACGAUAUUGGUAAAUGGCAUAUUUAUAAAACGAAAGUUCUAAGUUGUGAGCAGGACAAGAUGGUCAAAGCCACAUUAGCCUACAAGCGUGAUUUGAAAGAGAAAAUCGCAGAAUUGAAACCAGGUGGAACAUCCGAAUUCGAAACAGCGUUUGAUACGGCAUUUGAUUUGUUUCAACGUGAGCCAAGAACGGGUUGUCAGUCGAUUUUAGUCUUUAUCACCGAUGGACAAGAUACCGAUGGAGAAAAAGUACGUUGCGGAGCUGGACAAUAUACACGUAGUGGGUAUGUGCCAGGGCCGAUUUGUAAGUAUAAUUGGACACGAUAUUGGACACAAGUGAAACAACGACAACAAUUUCAUCCACGAGCAAGGGUGUUUAGUUACCUCGUGAAAGAUAACGGACAAAUAUUUCCUGGAAAACUCGCGUGUGAAAAUGAUGGACAUUUCACUAUUUUGAACGACGGGGAGAAUUUAAUCAAUAAAAUGUUCAAUUAUUUCGAUUAUCUAUCCAAAGCUUCGCUAGGCACGAACGGCAGUUGGACAUCGCAAUAUAUCGAUCAAUGGGGUUUAGGAAUCAUGUUAACCUAUGCAAUACCAGUCAUUUCUAACAUAGAUGGACGUUUAAUUGGUGUAGCUGGCGUUGAUGUUACAUUAGACGAUAUCGAACAUGUGAUUUCAAGUAAAAGUUGGGGCAGUGUCUACGGCUUUCUCGUUAAUCGUCUCGAUGGUGAUGCAAUUAUCCAUCCAGGUUUAAAAUCUACAACCAUUCCCAUCGAAGAUCCUAUCUCGACACAUAUUAAACAGCUGGAAAUGUCAAAUAAUAAGCCUGAAAAAUUUCUCACUGAUAUUCUGCCAUCGAUGCUCCGAGGUGAAAAAGGCUCGCUGAGAUUAGUAGACGCUUAUCGAGCGACCAUGCGACGAGGAUUUGGUGUUGGAACAUAUUAUUGGUCUCCGAUUGAAAACACAGAUUAUGUCUUUGCGUAUAGUUUGGGUGAAUCAGAUGAGAAAUUUCGUGAAGUCCGACAACCCAAGGAUUUAUCGACUUAUGAAGAAAGCUUCUUUAAUCUAUUGAUAGAAUACAAUAGUAGCAAAGGUCGAGAAGUUUUACCCGGCAAAUUCGAGCAUAUGCAAGUGAAAAUUAACGAUCCGAAAUAUAAAGAUUUACGUGUGAGUUAUUUGUAUUCGUCGAUUAUGCUGGCACCACGUGUUUACUGUGAUCCCAGCGAGUAUUUCUACAAUGAUGAUCUCGCACAAAAGACCAUCAAUGCGCAUAUUUAUAUUAAUCAACGUGGCGAUCCAAAUGAGAACGAUAAAGGUUGUGGUGAGGCAAAAGUCAUGUUUCAUGAAAACACACGUGCUUAUGUUUUAAUCUCACAACCAAUUGAAAGAGUUUGGCGAGCGAGACCAUCGGAAUUAACGAAAGAUAUUAUUUGGACGUAUGUGGGGAUGAGAACGGGUGUUUUUCGAACCUAUCCGGCACAUCGAUCAGUACGAGACUAUGACCAUACAACACGUGGAUGGUAUAAACGAGCCGUUUCGCUUCAAGAUCGAACAACAGCAUCGAUGCCAUAUUUGGAUUUAAGUGGAGGCGGAAAAGUUAUCACCAUAGCACAAGUACUUUUUGAAGGUAUGCCAUCAAUAUCGAAUGAAACAUGCCAACAAAAAGCGAAAGACGGGUCUUCCGAACGAAAAUUUCCUGGCGGUUGUCCAUGUUCUAAUGGUGCUGAUUGCUUAUCUGGUUAUUGUUAUCAAAGCGCAGCACCUGGACCUGAACAUAAGCAACUGCGUUGUGCUACGGAACGGAUUAUUGGUGUUACAGGUACUGAUAUACGGUAUGAUUCAUUUCAUUCGGAAAUUAUGAAACGUAUGGUUGCCUCCGAUGAUCAUCGGUCAUGUGGUUCGAAGUAUCCCUGUCCAGGAAAUCAAUCGAAAGAAUGUUCAACACGUUGCUAUCUCGUCGAUCACGGCGGUUAUCUAAUUGUUGAUCCUGACUUCGUUGAUAUACCUGCCAUACAUGAAAACCGUUACAAUCAACUAACCCUCGGCCACAAAGAAGGCGAAGUCAUGGCAGAUUUGAUCUAUACCCAUCAAUUAUUCGAUCGAGUUGAAACCAUCACCUUUCAAGGAACAUGCCAUGUGACAAAACCGUCAGCGAAAGUUACAUUAAAAGGUAUACCAGCCAAUCCCGAAGAAUUAGAUAACAAAUACAAAAACAAAGGACCAAUUCCACAAUUCAUCAACGAAUACGGUUGUAUACAAGAUCAAGUACGAUAUCGAGUUAAUCCAUCGAGGUUAAAAUGGUCGGAACUAUUCAUUGGUGAAGUCAAUGGACCAUGCAUGAGUGGACAGUACUAUGUCACACCAUUAGUUAAAACAAAUCUCAUUCUCGUUGUUAUCGAAAACUAUUAUGCGGAACAAUCGAAGAACUUCUACAACUUCAAUUGCAAAAUCCAACGAAGUAUUGUCGAUGCUGGCGCAUUUCGUAUUAUCAAUGGUACAUGUGCGCAUAAAACAGAAAAACUAAGUAGUCUCUAUGGCGAAAACAAAUGUCCAGCGUUACGCGAAGUGGAAAUCGAAUGUAAAUAUAAUCAAACAAGCAGACCUCAAUUCUCUCUCAUUUUCAUUUUUUCAAUACUUCUAUGUUACAAACUACUUUUCUAG